GAACUGCGCGAUUAUCAGAAGCGCGGUUAUCAGUGGUUAUGCCACAACAUCAGCUUUGGAUUCGGAAGCAUACUAGCGGAUGACAUGGGCUUGGGAAAAACGCUGCAAGUUUUGACUUGUAUUCUGUUCUUCCGCAAUCUUCUCGCUGCCGCAGAGAAAAGAGUGGGACGUCGAUUCCCAUUUCGGGUUCUUGUGGUGUGUCCAACCAGUGUACUUGCAAAUUGGUGUGCUGAAGCUGCAAGAUUCACGCCUACGUUGCGGGUGCACUGCCAUCAUGGAUCAACGCGAAUCGCGCAGUUGCGGGACGCUUUCAAACUAGGAGGCAAUAGAAGCGCAAGUACGACAACUACGACGGCGAAUGCCAGCGCAUCCACGCUGGCCACUGCUGCUGCCAAGGCUAAAGCGAAAGCGGGCGUUAUGAAAAGACAACCAAAAGCGAAAGGAGGAUCGAAAGCUUCAGCCUCAUUGUCUAGUGCAGCUUCACUUACAGCCGAUGGACAAAGUGCAGUCGGAAACGGACAGAGCACAACUGACCCACAAGGCGCAGGAGAUGAGCCGGAAGUUGUCGUCACAUCUUUGGGCACCGCGCGGACGGACGUCGCGGCAUUGAGCUCGAUCAACUGGUUUCUAUUUGUCCUUGACGAGGCGCAAAAUGUGAAGAAUCCAUCGUCGCAGCAAACCAAAGCCAUAAAAUCGAUCCCGGCCCGUCAUCAUAUCGCCAUGAGUGGCACUCCGGUUGAGAACCGUCUGCUCGAGUACUGGUCAAUUUUUGAUUUCGCAAACAAAGGCUACCUCGGCGCUACUCCAGGGGAAUUCAAUCGCAAUUACGCGCGGCCAAUAGAGAAGGAAAGCAGUCAGGAAGUGUUGAAGCAGUUUCACCGUGUCACCAAGCCAUUCCUUCUGCGACGAUUGAAGACGGACAAAGCGAUCAUCCGUGAUCUGCCGGACAAGAUCUAUUGCAACGAGUCUUGCGCUCUCACGACUGAACAGGUAGCCCUCUAUGAGGCGCUAGCAGAGCUAUGUAUGGGAACGCUCGAGGGGCGACCGAAGAAAAAGCAGCCGCUUGGAGGCGCUUUUUCUCUCACCGAAAAUGUAAUCGUGGAUUCGACGACAAAAGAAAGCGAACAACGACGAGGAGUCGCUGGCGCUACAGAAGACGGUGGCGCAGAAGUAGUGACUGCAGAAGUCGCGAGUUUGGUGGAGAGAGCCUUCUACGCAGAACAUGUGGGCCCGACUGGCGUGAGGGCACAAACUGGUGGCACCGGAGACGAGGAAAGCCCGCAGAGGAAAAGACGACGAUCAUCCAAGCAAGACACUGCGGCCGCGGCAGGAGGCUCGUCUACGUCUAGAAGAAGAGGCUCCACCGAACAAGACGACGUUGCCGCGUCGUCUGGAGCGGACAAUAUGCUAUCGGGCAUACAACGAAAGGGGAUUGUUCUAAAAAUGAUUAAUGGCCUGAAGCAGAUCUGCAAUCAUCCAUCGCUAUAUUUGAAACAAAACGACAAAGAG